AUGUCCACCUCAACCUCGGCGGGGGAGACGAAGGGCGUGUUCAACUACCUCGACCCCGCCUCCCUGUCCUCAGGCGAGAAACCGUGGUCGAAAGCCGACACGCAGGCGUUCAAGUCCUUCUCCGAGCUGCCCGUCUCCUACGCAGUCCACGACAUCCGCGCCUCCCCCGAACUCUCCAACCCGGACCUGGCCGGAUUCUCCUUCCACUCCUCCCCCUCCUCGGUCCCCAUUGACGAGGUUCUCUCCUCCGGCCUUGCUGAGGGGACACAGACGCGGAAAGAUUACUAUGCCGAGAUCGAGGCCGCAAUCAAGCGACAGCUCGGCGCCAAGGACGUCGUGAUCUGGGACCACACGAUGCGCGUCCGCGACCCCUCGAGCGCACGCCAGCCCGUGCAGAGCGUGCACGUCGACCAGACGCCGAGCGCGGCGCUGCGGCGGAUGAAGCAGCAUGCGCCCCAGUUCGCUGCCGAUGUUGAGAACGGGCGCAGGUUCCAGCUCAUCAACGUAUGGCGGCCUCUUGGACCGGCGCUUGACCAUCCCCUCGGAUUACUCGAUGCGCGCUCCGUCGCGCCCGAAGACCUCAUUGCCGUCGAUCUGCUGUAUCCCAAGGUCUAUGAACGGGGGAAGGAAGUCCUCCCCUCUCCGGAGAGUUUGAGGAGCCGGGAGGGGUACGAGCCUAGGGGAGAGACGUACCGCGUUGUGCCGAAGGAGGGCCACAAGUGGUGGUACGUCAAGGACAUGAAGAGCGAUGAGGUCGUGUUCAUCAAGUGCUAUGACUCGGAGGGCGAGACGGAGCCGAAUGGGAGGAAAGGCGUCGCGACGAGCAGUCCGCACUCGGCGUUCGAGGAUCCGGCUGUCCAGAAUCCGCCGCCGAGGAAGAGCGUCGAGGUGCGCUGCCUCGUGUUCUACUAG